UGAGGAAAAAAAAAAAAAAGUGACACGGCGACCAAAAUAUUCAUGUGGCGGGAAAAAAAAUAUAGAAACGUCUUAAGAAAAAUUACAAGAACCUGGUUGCGUAAGUAUUCACACCCUUUAAUAAAGACGCAUUAUAUGAUAAAAACCUGCCAUUUUAACAGCAGUGUGUAGAUUUUUUUUUUUGUUCAUCCGACGUAUUUCGUAAAGUGUUUUCUUGAAUUUCUUUUGUAAAAUGGACCGUGACUGAAAAUCUGAUCUUCAGUGUAUUACGUAAUGCGUGUUACAUUUCCUACAAACGUCCUGUCACGUAAAUUACUCUGGUAGUUCUCACUGAAAGUAGAUCUGCAUUAAAUACAGUCGAGGUCAGGUCUACAGACGCCUUGCAGAAUCUGAUAUAUUUUCAUUUAGUACCGCCCUUCAUAAGCUGCAUAGGAUAUUUACAUGGUUCCCAGAAGACAAAAUAAUAACAUCGUCCUGUUCAAAAGUUUACCCCCCCCCCCGGCUCUUAACGUGUCAGUCGUGUCGCCUUCUCGAGCAUCGGUGAACGUUCGCUCCUUGUGUAAAAGUCGUGUACGAGUCCCUCGGCCGUCCUCCGUGUGAAAAGACGGAUCUGAUCAUCAUAUAAACGCUGUUGGAGAGGGCUCGAACGUGUAGAAGAUGCUGGGAAAGUAAAGAAUGUGCAGGACGGAGGAUUUUUCUGAAGAACAGUGGGCGGUUUAACCGCUCAGGACGAACGGGCGACUCGUGAAGAACUCUCACGACACAUAAACACGGUCGUCGAUCAUCCAGGUCAUGACACACGGGAUGAAUAAUCGAGCGUGUGUAAACUUUUGAACUGGUUCAUUUGUGUGAAUUCAGUUAUUACUGAGUCUUGUGGAUUAAUCCAGUACUGUGCAAAAGUCUUAGGCUCCCUAUUAUUUUUUAUUUUUUUUAAGUACAAACUUUGUUACAGAUUUUUAUUCGAUGACUUCUACGUUAUCGAGUCCGUACAAAGACCUUUCAGAUUGCGAAACAUGAGUUUUCCAGCACAAAAUGAAACGUUAGAGAGAAAUGUGCGUGUGUCAGUGAAGAACGCGGCGUAUUCGGUACAUAAGAGACACUUUUCGGACAAUAAACACAAUGAAAGCUGCCGGGUUUCUCUGCAGAAACGAGUCGCGAGUGCGACAGUCGAAGUCUCCGGAGGAACCGAGUCUGGUUCUGCAGGAAGCUCCAUAACACUUACAGCUCAUUUCCUUAUAAACCUGCACACGCUGUACCCGAGACUACUAAUAAAAAAUUUUUAAAGCAAAUAGUCGACACACCAAAUAUCGACUUUGUUUUAUUUAUUUCUGUUUACUGCUCUUUAUAGUUUUUUGUUUUUUUAAAUGUAGAAACAUUUCAUUUCAUUACAUCUGAAGGCAUCUUUGCAUGUGCCUAAGACUACUGCACAGUACUGUAUAUAAACAUCUAUUCUGUGAAAUAGCUUAUUCAGGGCAGUACUAAAUAAAAUAAAAAAAAUAAUCCUUAUGAUUCCGCUUUUAUUUAUUUAUUUAUUUAUUUAUUUAAUGAUUGGACACGCCUUGCAGAAUCUGCAAAAUGUUAAACUUACGAGCACCCUACCUGUCAGUCCGGUACGUAAGGACGCACGUUAUAACCUUUACGUGUUCAAAAUAGAUGCUUGAAAGUCGCUAAAAUCAAAUCACACGUAAAAUAAAAACCCAGAACAGACAGAUUGCGUGCUGGGAAUCAUUUCACACAAGAGUCACCUGUCGUUAAAGCCAACACUGACGAGCACACGUGACAGGUGGUGUCGUGUGAUACUGUUUCUACGGCAACAAGGCUAUCGAUUACGUCAUGAGCUCGGUGGACUUUAGAUCGUGCUCGUAGGUCUGAGGGAGGGACGCUCCUAGAAUCCUAGAAGACGCACGAUGGUAAAGACGCUUAAAGAUUUUUAUUCAUGUAAAAAUUCUUGUUUACGUACUAACCUAACUAUAUUGUUUUUUUUUAAAAACAAACAACUUUUUAUCUUUAUUCAGGCCAAGUUUCUGUCUCAGACUCAGAUUAACGAAUUUAAAGAAUGCUUCUCGCUGUACGAUAAGAAGCGGAAGGGCAAAAUCGAAGCCAAGGACCUGAUCACCGUGAUGCGUUCUUUAGGCACCAGCCCCACUUUCGGCGAGGUGGACCGACACCUACAGGUUCAUAAAAUAGAUAAAAUGGGCGAGUUGGACUUCUCUACCUUCCUGACCAUCAUGCACAGACAGAUGCAGCAGGAAGACCCUAAGACGGAGAUCCUGGAGGCCUUGCGCAUGACGGACAAGCAGAAGAAGGGCUACAUCCUGGCGUCGGAGCUCCGCACCAAACUCACAGGCCUGGGAGAGAAGCUCACUGAUAAAGAAGUGGACGAGCUGUUUAAGGAGGCCAACGUCGGCCGUGACGGCCUCGUCCACUACGAGGAGUUUACCAGGAUGGUCACCCUGCCUCCUGUCGACUACUGAAGGACCAAACAGGAAGUGCCUGGACUUGUCAGUGUCCGUUUACCAAGUUCGGCCUGUCAGUUAUAUUAAUCAACACUCAUAAAAAAAAAAAACAAAACCAUGCUUUCAUAUUAAUUCAGAGUUCUUUUAGUCUUUCCUUAACGGAGAAAAAAAAUCCACAUCUUGUCGAGACUUCUUUCAAGAUUAACAUUAUUUUAAAAACCUUUUCUGUGUUCGUGUUUCUUGCUAAUUCUUUACGGUCGUUUACUUGUAGAACGGAAAGGAAAACUGGGAAGUGCGAUCUAAUAUUUCCUUAGUAGACGACUGUAAAAGAAAUAUUAGAGUGUCUGGUCUAAUUCGCGACAUUUUCCAGUCUGAUUUCAAGUUUCCGUCGGCAGAUAACGCGGCAUAUUUCAAGCGUUUAUUUAUAAAAGAAGCGAAAAUGAUCCGCCAACCGAGAAAGACAACUGUCAGCUUGAGAUCGCUAAAAAUGUCUAGAAAUAGGCUCAAUCUUAGAUUUCUUAUAUGAUAUACAGUUAUAACACCACGUUAUUACACUUUUAUUCCGUCUAGUCAACUUCAAGACAGAAAAAAAAAACAUACGUUUCUAGCUGCUAUAACGUAACAGGAACGUGUUUCUCCGACGUUCCACGCAACAAUAAAUGGAUAAAAAAAAAAUGUUUGUUUUUUAAAAAGUACGACGUGUCAUUCUCUGAUGGUGUAAAAAAUAAAUAAAUAAAUAAAUAAAUAAACUGUCUGUGGAAUAUUUUCCUAUAACAGCUCAACACUAAACAAGUCUUUAAUUCCAUAGAUAUUAUCAUACAGAAAUAUUAAGUAAACCUGCCCGUGUCGAAUAUACAGUGUUUUCACUUGCUUUGACAAUUUUUCUAAAAUGUUUGUGGAAUUUUCUAGAACAUUUCUAGCGAGUGCUUUUAAAUUCCAUGUUUUUCCAGACCGGCUCAAGAAUGCGGGAAUUAAUAUUUUCCUCCCAAAUGAUGCAAAAUAAACCUUUUCCAAACAGA